AAACAAUGAAUGACGAGAGAUUGGAUUGUAUUAAGGUGUCUCAAUAGGUUGCGGAUAAAUUGAAAAGUCAGGCAUUAGAUUUCAAAAAGCUUAUGGACAAUUUUCAAAAGAGAUUUCAAUAGGAUCAAAGCAACGAAUAUUAUAUUAUGAGCUUGAAGUAUUUAAAUUAUAUAAUUCAGGUGGCUAAAUCAAUGGAAGGAGUAUGUUUCAUAUGAGGAAUUGCUGGCGAACAAGAACCCGAACAAACACUUUGGAAAACUCAAUCUGGAGCAUAUAAACAUAAAUUUAGAGGAUAAAGUAAAUAAAUGCUUCAAAUAUCACCCCAUAAAAGAUCACCCUUGGAAUACAUUCAUGAAGGAAAAUCUCUAAGAAAAUGUAGACUAUAUUAUAGUCGAUAAGGAGAUUUGGCAAUUCUUUACAACAUAUUAUCAUGGCACUCCAAUAAUGAGAAUGUCAAAUGGAUCAGGAACAGAGAAGACAGUCGCAGUCAAUUUAUUAAAAGUAUUAGUUUAUUAUUAUUGUUCGAGUUUAAAACUGCUUUGCUUUAUCCAGCAGUAAUCAAAUAGAUUGCAUUAGAUAAAUUUUAUAAAUAAACUUUUGAUCAAGAGUACUUACAAGUGGAUAGAAGCAUGAAAUUGAAGGAAUAUUACAGUUUGUUAUCAAGGACUGUUCUCACAUUUUCAGGUAAUUUCGCCAAAGCCAACAAUGUCAGAAUUUGGAGAUAUCAAUCAGAUUAGAAGGAUGUUUUCAAAGCAUUCUUUGCAGAUAUUCAGAAGCAAGUUGGAGAAUUGGAAAAUAAUGAUGAAAUGAGUUUUGAUUUCAAUGGCGAUUAUAUUCAUUAUUCAAUAUACGAAACUAUUGAAGAUGUAGGGAUAUUAGAUAGUCAUUUGAUUAUUAUAGAAGUAACAAUCGAUGUAAUCUAAAUAGUUUAAAGAUGAACUUAAACCUUGGUGUAUUCGUAAUAAUGCAGUUUAAGUAGAAGGAAAGUGUGAGAAUUGUUAAAUGGUCAAAACACUUAAUCAUCCUUGUGUGUGUAGAAAAGUGUCCUAUUGUUCAUAAGAAUGCAAAGCUAAGGAUUACAACUAUCACAGUAUGAGAUGUGAAAAGUUUGGAUCAGACGAUGACACUAUCAGAGGUUUGAGUUAACAACCAAAUUCUAUUGCAGGAUUGGCUGGUCUGAGUAAUUUAGGAAAUACUUGUUUUAUGAAUAGUGGCACUCAAUGUAUUUCAAAUACUGUUCCAUUAACAGAGUAUUUUUUGAGUAAUCAAUAUUUUGAUGAAAUUAAUAUGGACAACCCAAUCGGAACAAAGGGUUAAUUAGUAAAAAGAGUGGGAGCUCUAUUAAAAAAGUUAUGGUAUGGUGAGAAAUAAGUUGUAACACCAACUAAUUAUAAAAAAGCUGUGGGUUAGUUUUAACCUAUGUUCAAAGGAUAUCAUUAACAUGAUUCAUCUGAAUUGAUCACUUUUGUUUUGGAUGGCAUUCAUGAGGAUUUGAAUAGAGUAAAAAAGAAACCAUAUGUGGAAACCAAGGAUAGUGAUGGAAGAACAGAUUUUGUUGUUGCCAAGGAAAGUUGGACAAAUCAUUUGGCCAGAAAUCAAUCUAUUGUUGUCGACCUGAUGUAUGGAUAAUACAAAUCUACUUUAAAAUGUCCAAAAUGUGAAAGGUUGUCUAUUACAUUUGAUCCAUACUUGAUGGUGUAAUUGGGAAUUCCAAGUUAGAAGAAAAGAACGAUCUCUUUUAAAUUCUUUGAUUCAUUCUUCAAUUCAACCUCUAAAAUUAUUCCAUUUGAUAAAAACAAAAAUAUAUCAUUGAAAGAAUAUUAUCAAGUAUUGAGUGAGGAAUUGAAAGUUAAACCGUAAAACUUAUUUGCGUAUAUUGCUAAUUAAUACACAUCUUUCGAAUUAUUAAAGGAAACCAAAUCUAUUAUUGAAAUAAGGAAAAGCGCUAAAAGAUAAUAAUUAUGCUUUAGGGCACUAACAGAUGGAGAAGUUUCGAUAUAAAAUAAGUUUCUAGUUUAAUUUUCUAAUAAAUAUUUGGACUAUUAAAAGAUGCAGUAUUUUUAGAGUGGAUUCUUUAUUUUUGAUGGAUCAAUAACAAGAAAAUAAAUGCAUCUCCAAAUAUUCUGUUACUUGCAACCAUUAUUUCCUGAUUAUUAAAAUUUGAAUUACGAGAAGAAUGUAUUCAAUAAAGUAAAUCUUUAAAUUAAUUAUUCUCUUAGUAUUACAGUCUCCUUUAUAAAUCAAAUAGUAAUUAUUGGAACCCAUGUUCUUAUUGCUAAUCCAAGAAUUGCAAUGAUUGUGAAGUCAAAUUUGAUGAUGAAGUUCUUGAGGAAACCAAAAGUAAGGUUACUGCUUCUGAUACCCAAAGCAAUUUCGAAGUCAUUAUUUUAUGGAAAGAAAGUCCAUUCAAAUCUGUUAAACUUUCUGAGAUUUUUAAUCAUUAUCGCAAUCAUAGUAAAAUUGAAGGUAUUUUUCUAUUUAAAUGCAAUAGUCGAAGAACCAGGAUAAUCAAAAACUCCAUUCCAGAACCAUGGUCAUUCUAAUCAACAUUCUGGCAGUGUCACCUUAGCUGAUUGUUUGCAAUUCUCUCAAUAACCAGAAUAAUUGAAUUCAGAGAAUACAUGGUACUGUAAAGUUUGUCAAGAGCAUGUCUAAGCUUUUAAAAGCAUGCAAAUUUAUAAGGUUAAUUUAAUAUCUAUCAUUAUAGGCUCCAUAAAUAUUGAUAUUCACUUUGAAACGAUUUAAGGCUUCCAAUCGAAUGUUUAAAUAAAAGCUUGAUACUUUCGUCGACUUUCCUAUCAAUGGACUUGAUAUGACGGAUUAUUUAAUCAACUCGAAGACUCCUCAAGAAUAUGAAAAUGAAACUGAAGAUGACAAUGGAGAAAAUAACAAAUAAAGAGUCCUUUAUGAUUUAUAUGCUGUAUCAAAUCACUUUGGUGGCCUUGGAGGAGGUCAUUACACAGCUUAUGCUAAAAACAAGGUAUUCAUUUCUCAACAUUCUGUAGCACACAAAAAAAUGGUAUAAUUUUGACGACUCUCAUGUUGCUGAAACAAGUGAAUCUUAGGUGGUUACAAAAGCAGCAUAUGUCCUUUGCUAUCAAUUGAGAACUGAUGAAUCUACGAAUGUUUAAGGGCAGCAAGCUCAAACCAUUAAACAAAAUGAGUAGUAUGAUAAAUGAUAAAUUAUUAAAGGUUUUUAC